AAACAGCAGCAAGGGCAACGGACAUCCUUAUUUCAUUGCGGAUAGCCUUUAAUACGUUCGAGUGAUGCAACGAAUUCUCCAUGGGAAGUAGCAACGUACAGAACCCGAACCCCACCAGCGAAACGAGUUCUGUUCUCUUCUGCUGAGGAAUAAGACGCUGUUCAGGUUGCUGUGUCGGAGCACUCAACGCUGCUAUUCGCUAUCAGAUUAAUACAGUGGCCGGUCGAUUUUUCUGAUACAGGAAUAUCGAUUGAGGAUAGUCUAUUUUUUUUAACUAUUCUCAAUAUUUUUUGUGCUUUGUUCAAAAAUAUUUUUUUUUGUUUUGUGCCUCGUUCAUGCUUUUGCAAGUGACUAGUUUUUACGUGGAGUGGAUACUGCGUUUAAUUGGCUGACAAUUAUUGAGGAUUCUCUCAGUGAAUAUUGGCCGACAGUUUACGUUACGUAAAAUACGCUCGUGGAGUAACGUACAGUGAAAUGCGCUGUGGGCUGUAUUCAAGGGAAACGUAACACACGUGCGGUAACUCCAUUGGACGCUACAAGAUAUUGGAUCGUAAAUUAGGUGAGAGGGAAAAGAAAUCUAGAAAAUCGUAAAGCCGAAGAGUAUUGAGGUCAUAGCAAAAGUGGAGAAGGAGGAGGAAAGGGAGUAGAUUAGAGUAAAGAAGGAAUAAUAAUAAAAGUGAAUAUAACGAAAAUUAACCCAGGAACAUUCUCACGUUUGACUCUGGCAAAUUGCCAUGCAAAUUCACCAAAGUCAGCUGAAUCUCAUGAAUAUUCCAAUGUCGUGAGAGAAUACGGUAUAUCAAUUGCAUCGAUUGAAAAUAGCUCCGUGACUAUCGACUAGCUGUGAAAGGGGUAGAUAUUGAAUUGCAAAUUGAUCAGAGAUAUACGAGUUUGAAUGGGGCUUAAGGACCCCAGAAAUGUGACCCGUUUCACGAGUAAGCGUGUUCGUUACGGCCGGUAAAGAAGAGGCGAAGAAAGUACAAUAAAGAUAUAUGUAGCUCAGUAUCGCGAGUGAAAAGCCUUUGCGGUGCGAAUUAAUCGAAACGCGUAUAGAGUAUUCAUGUUACUAAUGCGCGCAAAGGACAGCAAGACCGAGCUCAAUUAAAAGAAGAAAAGAUAAAACAAGGAAAGGAGACUCUCCCAAGAGAUCACGAUAACGUUCGCAGAUAUAUUCGAUAGUGGUAAAAGUAAUGAAAUGAGAAAGUCACAGGAGCUUAAGCUUGGUCUUCUUCUGGCCUCGAUUCUUGUCCUUUCGGUCCGAUCGGCAAAAGAGGAUAAUUUAAUUUUUACGAAAAAAAAUAAUUUCCUCAACACCGAGAAGAAGACCAUCACGCCGAUUCACAAAGCUGCCCUGACUCAGCGUGGUUACAUACAGUUCUUGAGAUGGGAAUUGCCUGUACCGGAAAUUGAUGAAUUUACAUUCUGCCUUUGGGUAAAGUCUACGAAUUUGACUUACGCCCAUUCGAUCUUCUCCUACUCCAAGAACGAAAGAGAUCGAUUGGUAAGAUCAUGGAUAUCGCCAUUCGGUAGAAGUGUCCAUUUAGAAAUAAAUAAUGUGGAAGUCUUAUCACAUCCGACUGUUAUCAAGGAGCAUCGUUGGUAUCAUAUAUGUCAAACUUGGGACAAUAUAAACGGACACUAUGCUGUAUGGAUCGAUGGACGUAUCGAGGCCGAAGGUUAUAACGGCCAGUUGGUGAGUCACGUGAUACCAAGCAAUGGAGAUGUUGUCGUUGGUCAGGAAUAUACGGACUUUGACAAAGGACUGGAAGAGGGAGUAGAAGGAUUCGUUCUUGGAUUCAAUCUUCUCUUGGCCUCAGCUUUUGAUGCCACGGAUAACAGACCAUCCUUAAUAAUUAACCCACCGUUACUUUCACUUUCAAAACUUUCGGAAAGUGAACCACUUCUACAAAUUGGUCCAGAAUUUGAUCUGAGCGCGAGUACAGGUGCUCCGAUUGCUCUUAGAAGAAUCGAUGAGAACGUGGGAGUAAAACGUGGAAGAAUUCUGCACGGUCUGACGAGCGUCACUGGACAAGGUACUCGUCAAGAUAAUUAUCCUUCCAUCCGUAAACCGGAAGCACCAGCUGAUCAGGUUACCUUCAAUGAGAAUUAUGCUCCUGUCAAAGGAAUCGUAGAUCCGGUUUCGCAGACUCCAAACGUCUUCGUAGAUCCUAACUUCAACGGUAGAUUCGGCAAGUUCCCAGCCAAGAUAAUGAACGAGCAUGAAGGUAUCUUCGACAGCACCCUGAGGGAGUACAUAGGGGAGCAGGAUGAGAGUUUUGACAAAAUUUUUCACAAGAGAGACUCGGAAGGUACUACCAACCAGAAGAAGAUCAUUGCUGUAAGGAUCAAUCAUGGAAGCGACAGGAGUACCAGGACGACAAGAGCCACCAGGAUGAGACGACGUGGGAAACCAUUGGGAAUGCAACUAAUUGACCUGACCUAUAACCACUGUGAAAUAGGAAGAGGAAGUCCUUUCAUAGGUGGACCACUUAUGCUCAUCUCCUGGACGAGGACACCGGUGCGGGUAUUCGGUGGGGCAAUUAUGAAAAAUGCCAAAAGUGAAUGUGGCAAGUUUUAAUUGCUUGGAAAUAUAGGAAAUUAUAAUCGAUAGAAUGUUAUAAAAUUGUCGAAGAAUAACAAGAAAAUCAUUUUCUUUUGAAAUGAUUCGAUUAAAAAAAAAAAGUGUCUGAUGUGCAUUUUUUUACUUCAUAAUCGAACAAUGCCAUAAUAUAGAUAGCGUCUGUAUUCCAGUAAAAUACUUUUUUGAAUAUUGAAAAUUAAUUAUUAAGUAUCGCUAAGUAUGGAUAAUUUAACGCAAUACAAUCCUAUCACAUGGGAUUGUAUAUAGGAAUAAAUUUAUACGACCUCAAGUAA